AUGUCUGAAGAUGCAGUUGAUUUGAUUCUAGACGACUUCUACGAUGAAAGUAUUAUGGAUCCACUGGCAGAAAGGCAGUUUAACCACAGUAAAGAAGGCUACCACCAAGGAAGUCUGCAAGGCCAAUUCCGAGGACCUUGGACAAACCUCACGAAUACAGGUGGCAAUCGUGUCGUUCUGGAAGAUAUAUCGAAUUGUUCCACAAUCUACACACGAAGACGAAUUGAUUCAAUUAGAGCUAGCAUUGAUUCAUUCACCAGCCGGCAAUGGGACGAAAAUUUGUCGUUUCAACGCAUCCUGACAUCUACCCCAUUUGCUUUGAAUCUUUCGUUGGACCAAAAUCCAACACCAUUGAAUUUGGUGAUUGAUAAAUCAUCCAUAGCCGAUUCGAAAGGUCCGAGCCGAUUUUCAGCAGUGCUUGAUUUGCGAAAAAAGAAUAUUGAGACGAGUGAAGAUCAGCCUUUGGUUUCAUCGCAACCCACGAAAAUAAUCCAUGGGCGUUUCGAGCCAUAUGCCACGAUCAGUCUUCGUUUAAUAAAUGAUAAAGUUACUGCUCUAGCUGAUCCCCCGACUGGUUCAUCGUUUAUUGCAGUAGAUUUGGAUCGAAAUUGGAGUAAUGUCGCGUAUGAAGUAGAUUAUACGAAUGAUGCCAACGACCCGGACUGGAUACCUGAUGGCGAUGCAACACAAUUAGAUAAUUUAACUAUUUAUGAAUAUUUUGAAGAAUUUAAGAAUAAUGUAUCUGAUGCUGACACGGAUGAGGAAAAUGAAGAAACAGGGCGGAGAAUCAAAGCCGAAAAGUAA